GUCCAGCUCAGAUGCUCAGAUGGGAAUCUUUUCUUAAGUGAUUUAGCUACAUCUGCGAUGUGCGAAACGAAUAAAAUGUCAGUUCGUCUGCAUUGGUCGGGGUCUUUCUAUUCUUUCUCCGUCAAAAUAAAUAGUCAAAAACGGGAACUGUCCGGUCAACACAAGCCCUGCUUUUAACUGUUAUGUUUUCUUGUGAAAAUAGAUAAAAUUAAACUUGAUUACCACCAGAGCCAGGCGCACUGCAGCGUUAUCUCCGUCGCUGUAAAUGAGGGAAAAACAAAAUGAUCGGACCCUUUUCUGACCUUCCCCACCUACAAAGUUUAAUUACAACAAUCAAACGUGACAGAGCCUGGAUUUGUAUUCUGAACAGUCUAAACAUGUUUUAAAAAGAAACGUGUGACAAAAGAGGCACCUGCUCAGUAAAACCACCAACAGGGUGAAAAAUAUCUAAAUAUUGUAGCAGAGACGGGCUACAACUUCUGGAUCCACUUUAUAUAAAUCGUUUUAUUGAUUAUCUUCUUAUGAAAGAUAACUUUGACGUACACGAGCGACCGGUACCGGCUGCUGUCUGAGGGUAGGCCCCGCCCAUAACGCCGCGGCUGCUGCGGUGUUUUCUUUACUGUGGGAAACGGGUAAUAAUGGCUCUUUGAUGGGAACAGGUUGCCGACCCCUGGUCUAUGUCUAUGCAGGACAAUAAAAUUUUGAGGUUUUACUUCUGGGGGCAGAGUUGCAAUGACAUGUGCACUGCGUUGUCCUAGAAGCAAUUGGACAGGGACACAGGGCCAACAUUACCAGUAAUCAAAGAUGUACCCGUUACAUUUAAAUCGGAUGUCUGGGCUAAUUUGGGUUUUGGGAUCCUGGAUGUGAAUGAAUCACUUAACACAGUAUUUGUUUACUAUGUUUAAGUUCAGUAAUAUUCUAUCUUAAAGCUGCUCUACCGAAAACAUUAUUUCUUAUAUUAUUUAAGUAAUUAUAGGCAGCACACUUUAAACAUUAUUGCUCACUAUAGUGAAUAGAUGAAUGUUCUGUUUUUCAGGGAUUUCGAAAUCAAAAAGAAAUUGAAAACUAUUCUACUGCUUUUAUUAAGUAAUGAAAAUUUUUGUGUGAAGAAUCGUGAUGCAUUUCAGUCUCAAAUCGAAUCGUUAGGUAGAUAAUCGGAAUCGGAUCGAAUCGUGAGGCAGGUAGAGAUGCACACCACUACAUCAGAAAAACAGUAAACAUGUUGUCUUCCCGAUCUUUUUCCCUACAGAUGCGAGCCGGAUUCUCUCGCCUUCAGGCUCUGGUUCGUUCCAGGAAGUUAUGUGCAUCAUAUCAUGUGGCUCGUCAGCGAAUCACAGGCUUCCAGGGUCGCUGUCGGGGCUUCUUGGUGCGUGGGGCGUUCAGGCACCGGCUGUGGGCUGUGAUCACCAUCCAGGCCUACACCAGGGGCAUGAUCGCUCGUCGUCUGUACAGAAGACUAAAGGGAGAGUACCACCGGAGGCUGGAGGCUGAGAAGAUGCGUCUGGCUGAGGAGGUCAAGCUGAGGAAUCAGAUGUCUGCCAAGAAAGCGAAAGCUGAAGCUGAACGGAAACACCAGGAGUGGCUGGCCAAGCUGGCUAAAGAAGAUGCUGAGAGGGAGAAGAAGGAGAAGGAGGAAGCUCGGAAAAAAAAGGAGAUGGUUGAAGAGAUGGAGAAGGCCCGAUUGGAGCCCGUCAAUGACUCUGACAUGGUAGACAAGAUGUUUGGAUUCCUGGGAACGACGAGUUCUUUACCAGGUCAGGAAGGACAAGCGCCUGCUGGCUUUGAGGACCUGGAGCACACUCAUCGUGAGCUGAUGGAGGAGGAUCUAGACGAGGCUCUUCCUCUUCCUGAAGAUGAUGAAGAGGAGGAUUUAUCAGAGUACAAGUUUCCUAAGUUUGCUGCAACCUACUUCCAGGGCAGCAGCACAAACACGUAUGUCCGAAGACCUCUCAAACAGCCACUGCUGUUCCACGACGAUGAAGGAGACCAGCUGGCUGCUCUGGCUGUUUGGAUCACGGUUCUGAGAUUUAUGGGAGAUCUACCAGAACCCAAGUACCACACAGCUAUCAGCGAUGGGAGCGAGAAGAUCCCCGUCAUGACCAAGAUCUACGAGACUCUGGGAAAGAAGACCUACAAGAGGGAGCUGCAGGCACUGCAAGAGGAGAGGGAGAUGCCUCGCUCUGAGAACCAGAAGAAAAACAGCGUCCGACACAAACUAGUUUCUCUCACCUUAAAGAAGAAAUCCAAAAUCACAGAGGAGGUCACCAAGCGCCUCAAUGAUGGGGAGUACAGUCUCCAUGGCAACAGUAUGUUGGAAGAUCGACCAACUUCCAACCUGGAGAAGCUCCACUUCAUAGUUGGCAACGGCAUCCUGAGACCAGGACUGAGAGAUGAGAUCUACUGUCAAAUCUGCAAGCAGCUGAGCCAGAACCCUUCUAAAAGUUCCCAUGCUCGCGGCUGGAUCCUCAUCUCGUUGUGUGUGGGCUGCUUCGCCCCAUCAGACAAGUUCCUGAAGUACCUGAGGAAUUUCAUCAGAAGUGGGCCUCCGGGUUACGCUCCGUACUGCGAGGAGAGGCUGAGACGAACGUUUGUGAAUGGGACAAGAACCCAGCCUCCCUCCUGGUUAGAGCUUCAGGUACGCUUUCUGGUUAAGCAACGGAACGGAAGGAUCACACAUGGUGGAACAACGAUUGAUAGAAAUUUAAAUAAAUCGUUAUUUUAUUUUAAAUGUUUUGUCCUUUUCCAUUUAGCUGCUUUUGAAAUGUAGAGAAGCGCCUGAAACAGAAACAAGCAGUGAUGCUGAGCUAAGCCAACAGAACUUGUAGCUAAAACAAGCUUGAUUUAAAAUCCCAAAUGCAGACCUCUACUCCGUACUGGAAGUUAUCCUCUAGCCGGAAGUCAUGUGACCUUUUUUCACAACUCUUCCUUGAAAGUGAUAAAAAAACAAAAACACUUAAAAAACAGAAAAGCUUUGAAGACAAGUCAGUUUUUUCUGCUUUCAAACUGAAUCAAAUGUUUGUACAUUUUGAACUUGUUUUGUUUUUACAUUCAAACUUGGAGAGCUUUUGCUGUUUGAGACAUUAAGGUGACGUCUCUAGUUAUUUCAAUCCAGGCUAAUUGACAUCUUUGGUUUCGUGAAAACUUCUCAUCCAAGGAGAUUUGUCAGCUCUGACUGGAAAAUGAGAGGGUCUACCCACAGAAAGGAUAAGAAACAUCACAACCAAUCAGAAGCAAGUGGAUAGCGAACUGGAACGAAGACACCUGGAUUAAAAAGGAAUUACAAACUAGAUGAAAAAACGGAGGAACUCAUUAAAGGACACAUGAUGGAAAAACAGGAAAAAGAGUUCACAAAAGUAAAAGAAAGACACAUAAAGAAGUUAAACAAACUCAUCAACAAGAAAAAGAGAAAAGACAAAACCACACAAAGCUCAUGGGUAUGUAACCUUUCACAACACGAACUAACAGAAGCAGAAGAAAGCAUUAAAAACAGGUUUAAACUUUGCAGUCACACCAAAAGAAAUACCAUGUGAUGAAUUUAUCGUAGCAACAGAACUAGCAUGUCAACAGAUCACAGAUGAGGAAAAGAAAGCAGAACUCAGAAAUAACGUAGUUGGGAUAUUAAAAAACAAUCAGCCAUGACAGCUUUAUCCAAACAUGAACAGAUAAUUAUUCUACCGGCAGGCAAAGGAAGAACUACAGUGGUAAUGGACAGAGGAACAUAUAAACAACAGAUGAAACAGAUGCUAGAGGACAAAAAUACUUAUGAAAUACUUAAAAAGGACCCAAAAGAAAACAUUAAGAAAAACAUGAAAAAUGACUGAAGCCUCUACAAGAAAAAGACAAAAUAACAGAAAAAAUGUACAAACACUGGAUUCCCACGGCGAACAUAACACCAAGAAUCUAACCCUAACCCUGGAACACCAAAAAUACACAAACAAAACACCACUUAGACCAGUAGCAGACAGCAUAGGCACACCAACAUACAACAUGGCAAGAGAUAUCAGCAGAAUCAUCAGCCCGUUAUUAGGAAACACAGACCAACGCUGCAAAAACCAGAGGUGGAAAGUAACGAAUUACAUUUACUCACGUUACUGUAAUUGAGUAGCUUUUUUUGUAAAUUUAUACUUUUUAAGUCGUUUUUAAACGCUGUACUUUUACUUUUACUUGAGUAAGUUUUUAAAAAAGAAAUGUAAUUCGCUACAUUUUAAAUCAUAUCCGUUACUGAGUAAAAAUAAAUUAUAGGCUUAAUAAAUUAAAUAUAUUACGUGUAGCAGCGUCGGAACAGAAAGAGAGUUGCGUGAGCACCACAUCUAACCCGUGGGGGGGUGGGGGUACAUUGUAGAUAAUGAGGACAAACGGCCAUUUUUACCACAGUUUUGCUCAAAAACAUCAGUUCAGUCCCUGUGAUCCACUCGCUGUUCACCUCCUCUCUCCCUCCUCUCCUGUGGGUUGGAUCCCGCACCUUCGCGCACCGGUGUGACGUCAUCAGAAUUCUGCUCGGUUCGGUAGCCGGUUCCGUGUUUGAAUUGUGUUUCCCCACCGCUCCGCACGGAAGCAGCAAAACAACGUUAAGCGCUCCUACAAGCAGAUUAUCAGCGCUCUGCUCAUAAAACAGAAGACCUGCAGGCCUCUGUGAGUUAAAACAUCCUGAUACUGUUCAGGUGUAAACAUUGUGCUCCAUCCCUGUGUUUGAACUCAGAAGAUGCUCCUUGAUGCCGCAGAUAUGUGAUGAUUUAGCUUGUUUCUUUAUUUUACUCCAGAAUAAGAGAUUAAAUUAUUACUAAAGCAGUUCAGUGUAGUUAAAUUAGUCAUUGUGUGUGUGUGUGUGUGUGUGUGUGUGCGUGCGUGCGUGCGUGUGUGUGUGUGUGUUACACAUAUAGAUCUGCAUGAGACAGCAUGGUUUCAUCAAAUCCAUGCAUCUAUCUUGGCUGAAGUAACGGCUCAGGAAAAUAACUUAUUUCAUAAAUAAUGACGUCUCUGCAGUGUUUAUGAUAAUGUUUUAUCUUAUCUUGGGUCUGGGAGGUGCAACUUAUCAUGAUACAAGCCUUUUAAAACAUGUUAAAGUGUUACAAGAGGAGAUUAAUGCAUGAAUUUAAAGUUCAUGUUUGGAGACCAACCUUCACAGUUUGGAGGCUCACGCUGGUGAGGAGACACCGUUAGUUCUAGUAACACCUGGGCUCCCAAGGCCUGUUCUGACAGGAUGGACGUUACGGGACCCUCAAGGAUUCCAGUUGGAUGAUUGGAGGAUUAUUUAAGAGGAUUGGAAUGAACACACUGAUUUCAGUGGUGAAGGGUUAAAUGAGUGAGUGAACCCACUACCAAGGAUGAACUCUGCUAACUUUAAAAAUCAGCUGCUCUAUUAGCUCAAGCAUAAGGAAACAUGAAGGCUUCAAAAGUAUUAGUAUCAGCACCUCUCUGACAGCAUGGUGGGAGUAUCUUAAAAUGACAGUCUUCACUAGUACCAUGCAGACGCACACCUAUCUGGAACAAUCCUGAUAUUUUGCAAAAUAACAAAACGAUGAAGCUUCCGGACUGGAAAAACAAAGGAAUCCUAUACCUGGAACACAUAUAUGAAGGAUUGGACUUCAUCCCAUUUAAUCAAAUAGUCUCCCAAUUUGGAAUGGAUAAGAAUAGCUUUUUAGAAUACCACCAAAUUAAAUCUGUAGUCAAACAAAAAUUUAAGCUCAAUAAAAUAGAAUUACAAACACCACCAAGGGUAUUAGACUUUUAUAAUCUCAAACACCCCAAACUACUGUCUAAAGUAUAUAAGACACUGUCCAAAAUAGACGAUAAAAUUGCAAUCCCUAUUGAAAAAUGGGAGGUGGAUCUAUCAGUCAGCUUUGACCAGAACUUCUGGUCCCAAACUUGUUUAAAAACUUUUAAAACGAUCAGACACCCCAAUUUACAAUUAAUUCAGUACAAAAUUCUACACAGAGUACACAAUACACGUCAUCGGAUGUUCAAGAUGGGGUUUGUGUCGUCUGACACCUGUACACACUGCACAAACAACAUUCCUGACAAUUACAUUCAUGCACUGUGGUCCUGUCCACCUGUCCAGGAAUUUUGGGGUAGAGUAUGUGAGGAUCUGUCAAAAUGUCUGAAAUGUCAUAUCCCAACCACCCCCUCUCUUUGUUUACUGGGAAAACUGGACGAUGUCCCGACUGAAACAUCUGUGGUUCACGUGGUUCUGACUGCCAUAUGCAUCGCUAAGAAAACUAUCCUCUUGAAUUGGAAAAAUAGAGAAACUCUCUGCAUUAACCAGUAUAGAAAUCUUUUGUUAGAUCAAAUUACACUUGAUAUAGCCUCUGCUUCCACUUCAAAUCAAUCU